CUUUCAAUUGGGGCAGCAUGUGCACUAUCAUGGCCAUCCGACCGAAUCAUAAUCCAAGUCCUUGAUGACUCAACGGACCCCAUUGUUAAGACAAUGGUGGAAACGGAGUGCCAAAGAUGGGCGAGCAUAGGAGUAGAGAUAAAGUAUGAGAUUCGGGACAAUAGGAACGGAUACAAAGCCGGGGCGUUGAAACAGGGCAUGAAAUGGGACUACGUCAAGCAAUGUGACUAUGUAGUCAUCUUCGACGCCGACUUCCAACCCGAACCCGACUUUCUCCUCCGCACCAUCCCGUUCCUUGUCCACAACCCCGACCUCGCCCUCGUCCAAGCCCGUUGGAAAUUCGUGAAUGCAGACGAGUGCUUGAUGACAAGAAUGCAAGAAAUGUCUUUGGAUUAUCACUUCACAGUGGAGCAAGAAGUUGGCUCUUCCACUUAUGCCUUUUUUGGCUUUAAUGGGACAGCAGGGGUUUGGAGGAUUGCAGCCAUAGAUGAGGCAGGUGGAUGGAAUCAUCGGACCACAGUUGAGGACAUGGACCUUGCUGUUAGAGCCAGUCUCAAAGGCUGGAAAUUCUUGUUCCUUGGUAAUAUCAUGGUGAAAAAUGAAUUGCCAAGUACAUUUAAGGCCUUCCGUUACCAACAACACAGAUGGUCAUGUGGGCCAGCCAACCUUUUAAGAAAAAUGUUCAUGGAGAUUGUCAAAAACAAGAAUGUGAAUACUUGGAAAAAGAUCUAUGUACUAUACAGCUUCUUCUUCGUGAGGAAAGUGAUCGCCCACAUCGUCACCUUCGUGUUUUACUGCGUCGUCAUCCCGACGGCGUGUUGGGUGCCCGAGGUCAACAUUCCCAAAUGGGGCGCCGUUUAUAUUCCCAUCGUCAUCACCCUCCUCAACAGCGUCGGAACCCCGAGGUCAUUUCACCUGUUAUCAUUUUGGUUAUUGUUUGAGAAUGUAAUGGCAAUGCACCGGACUAAGGGCACCUUCGUAGGGUUGAUGGAGAUUGGUAGGGUCAAUGAAUGGAUUGUGACCGAGAAACUAGGGGAUGCUUUCAAGUUGAAAUCUGCUGUGCAGCAAACCAUUAAAAAACCACGUUUUAAGAUUGCUGAAAGAAUGCAUCUACUAGAGCUUGGAUUUGGGGUAUACCUCAUGUUUUGUGGCUUCUAUGACCUUUUUUUUGGGAGGCAAUUGUACUUUUGGUACAUCAUACUUCAAGGGAUUGCCUUCUUUAUUAUUGGAUUUGGAUAUAUUGGCACCAUUGUUCCCACUUCUUAGCAUGCAAAAACAAAAAAAAAAUGAAAACCCUAAGCUAUAAUUGCUUGGUUUUUUCAUUUUUUUGCCUUCUUCAAGGAAAUUUUGGAUGGUGGAGAGAUAAUGCAUGCAUAUAUGCAUUCAUGUCUUGGCUGGCUGAGAUGGAUUUGUUCGAAUGUGCAGAGAUUUCAUCAAUUCAAGAAUGCUUAAAUUGGAGAAUAAUAAUUUUUUUUCAAAAAAAAUAAAAAAUAAAAAUAAAUAUGAGGAGCACAUAUAUUAUUUUCAGUAAAUUGUAUCAUUAGUACAGUUAUUUAUUAUAUUCAAUUUUAUCUCUGUAUGUAAUUUUGCUUCAAUUCACUCUUUGUAAUUUGUAUUCCACAACAUUGUGUAAAAAUAAGGUUGCCUAGGUCAUUCUUGUAUUGUUUAGUUCAUCCUGAAUAAUGAGAGUAUUAAUGUAAUCUCAAUUACGAGUAUCAUAGUAAAGAUUAAAGUUUUUC